ACCAUCUUGCUGACUGCUGGCCUGGAUUGCUCCCUGGGAGAAGGAAACAGCGCUAGGACAGGCUGCCAAGGGAUUUUUUGCGACCAUUGGUGAAGCAGUCUGAGGCAGCCAGGAGCCAUGGGCAUGCAGCAGGUGUGGUGCGUGUACUCGGGGCUUUUGGUGACUAUCCUCCUGGGUCUGGGCAGGGUGCGAGUGGUGGACGCAUGCAGCUGCAACCCCGCACAUCCUCAGCAGCUCUUCUGCGGCGCCGAGAUAGUGAUAAGGGCAAAGAUCUCUGGGGAGAAGAUUGUGUCACCUAGCAACAGUUCCUCUCCUUACAUGAAGAUGAUCCAGUACGAGAUAAAGAUGAUCAAGAUGUUCAAGGGCUUUGACAAGGCCAAGGACAUCCAGUAUGUCUACACGCCCGUCUUCUCCUCACUGUGUGGAGUCAAACUGGACUCCAACAAUAAGGCGGGAUACCUCAUCUCAGGAAGUAUGUGGAAUGAUGGGAGGAUUUCUAUUGGCCAGUGUGACCUGGUGGAGCCCUGGGAUAACCUAUCAAUGUCCCAGAAAAAGAAUCUCAACUACAGAUAUCAGAUGGGCUGUGAAUGCCGAAUCAACACCUGCUACACGGUGCCCUGCGCCUCCACAGGGGAGAACGAGUGCCUGUGGACGGACUGGCUGUUGGACAACAGCCUGAACGGAGAGCAGGCCCGGCAGUACGCCUGUAUCCGCCGCACCGACGCCACCUGCAGCUGGUACCGCGGCGGGCCCCACGCCGACAAAGACUUCCAGGACCUGAGUGACCCCUGACCGACCUCCCCCCACACCCCCACCUGACUGACCCCUCCCCCCAACCCCGACCAAACCCUAACCGUGAUGCUCGUAGGCACGAACCCAGUAACGCUACUCUCAGACCCAGGCUGAGUUUCUUUAUUACAUUGGCUUCUGUGUAAUGCACAUAUGGCUGCUGUGGCUAACACCUAAAGCAUAAGGGGAUUGCUUCAGUGAUUUUGGGGAUAAACAACGGCAACGGUGGGCACAGCAAACUUGGCUUAGCACAGGGCUACUUCAGGGCGUGGUUAAUAAAUUAAAUGGUUUCCGGCUCACAUAUGUCACCGCUUAGCUUUCAGUCCAGCAGAGCACUAGACAGAGCAAAUUACCCUUCAGAACUGCUAUCCAAGUCCAGGAAGGUUCCCAUUGUUUAAGGCUUGCCAAAGUUCAGACAUUAGAAAGCAGUGUCUAGACAGAAUUGGACUCCAAGGGGCUCUUUUCAUAUUGAACUGUAGGAAGAGGUAGGAGGCAGCUCUCUCACCGAGCUCUGGAGCUACUCUGCAUCCUGUUCCCUUACCUUGUGUUUGCAGAUUGCCUGUAGACAUCCCCCCCACCCCCAAUCCUUGCUUUCUUAUAUUUUUUCAUUCAUAUAUAUAUAAAUAUAUAUAGAAUCUAAUAAUUGCCCCAUUUAAACAACAUUUAAUUAUGAUACACCGUGUUUGUGCUCUUACGGGAUCAAUUGAAACCUUUUGAUGAAUCUAGACACACGAUAUAUACAUGAUAUACUUGUCACAGUUCAUACUGUUAAAUGUAUCCUGUUAUAAUAAUGUAAAUAUUGUGCACGAGUGAUACUUAACACUUUGAAGGCUAACCGUGUUGUGUUCUAGGAUAGAGGAUUAUUUUGUGUUUCUAUUUCCUUAAAUGACCAACAAAUACAUAAAGAAAUACUAGCUGUUUAAGAACCAUAUCAUCCUUCAUGACGUCAGAUUAAAUUAAGCUGUAGUUAAGGUUUAAGUGAUAUAAUCUGAGUGUAAUUAGUUAGAAAUUCCACAGCCAUCUGUCAGCUAUUAGUUAGUGGAAUGCUCUGUGAGGCUAUCUAUUAAGAGUAGUCUGCACCUGUCUCUGUAUGAGACAAUUUCAAUAUUAGACCCCUCCUGGCUCAAUUCUGACCAAUCAGGAAAUCUCUUCCCUGAUUGGUUUUGGGAAUCCAUCUUUCCUGUCAAUCACAGGCGCAGGAAAAGCAAGACUUCUUAAUGGCAGAGACAAGUAGGGAGGGAGGGAGCAUAGAGGAAGAAGAUGUUUUUUUUGUUUACUUUCUAAAUCUUGCUCUCUUCCGCUCUUUUCUCCUCUCUCUUUACAUCUCUCAAAUCUGAACUACAGCAGCUCUAAAUCCAAUUCAAUGAAUUCAACAACCAAACUAAAUUUAUCAUAAGGAACAUGAUUAAAUCAUUCGUUAUGGAUUUUCAGAUUCUUCAAGAGAGACCUGAAUGAAAAUUCACAAAGACCUGUGAUGCAGGCCCUAUAUUGAAAAGGUAUCGUUUGAAUACAAAACAGUACGUAAGUGAAGUGGUACUUUUUCAAUACAUAAUGGUACUCAAGUGAAGUGGUACUGUUUCAAUACAUAAUGGUAAUACUGGUUGGUUGGUCCUUCUUUUGAAAUAAACCUGUAUAUGUUUUGAUGUAUCUUUUUCAUAAUGCAUUUUAGCUGUAGGACUUUGGUAUGUUGUCACUGUGCUAUUCCUCCUUUAAAUGUUUUAUAUCAAAGGAUUAUGUGGGUUUGUAUUUAUGUCUUUGUGUUUCUGUCAAUAUAGUUUUCUAUUUCAAUGUACCAAAAAUAUUGUAUAUAAAA